GGAUCGACAAGCCAAGCCUCAACAGGGACCUAGGACCCCUCGGAUUCCGCGCAGGCCACGCACGACGAUGGCUGUUACCGCUGACGAGAAUGCACAAGCCAGCCCCAAGAGGCCAGUUACCCCUCCUAUCCCAGUUCAGCAGGCCGAUGAACCGCUUCUCGCGUUUCUCAAACGGCUCCAGCUCUACUCGGAGACCACGGCCGCUGAACUCAGCAAGUGGGAGGAGGAGGAAGCCGCCUGCCAGCAGGAAAUACAACGCCAGCUGGCAGAGGCAGAGGCAGCACGUCAGCAGGCCGCAACAGAAGCUGCAGCAGCCGCAACAGAAGCUGCAACAGCCGCACGGUUGCAACAGCAGCAGGUCGAGGCAAGUCAACACCAAGCUCGUUACCAAGCCACGAUGGACCUUGCACGCGACGAAGCCACGUAUGGCAGGCUUCUUCGACGACAGCAUUUCCAAGAAACCGAAGAACGACAAGAGCCGACCGAGGAAGAAGGUGACAAAGAAGGUAUAGCGGUACUGAUGGAGAAUCUGCUAUACACGUGCAAUUGGCAGGAACGUGAACUGCUGGCCAUGCGGCAGAUCUUCAUCCGCCAUGAAACAACAUUCAAGGCAAUGGACAAGAAGAUCGUGACCCUGCAGGCCGAGAUCAACACACUACACGCUGCCAACAGCCAGCACCACACACUCAACAACCAGUUGCAGACAGAUGUCAGCAUGGGGUUGGCACAACUGUCAGCAGCUGCGUCAACGGGCAGUGCAGCGGUAGACUGCAGCCCAACUUUCGCCGCGCAGGCCAAGCAACUCGAGGAGCGGAUCAACCACUUAGUCGCAUCCCUCGGCCACAUCAGCAAGUUUGCUGGAGCAUCGACAGUCAGCAAUCAGCUGCAGACGCUCAGCGACCGCGUUGACCAACGACUGGCCGCUGCCGCCAAGGAAUGGAAGAUGCCGAACUUCAAGAUCGAGAAGUUCGAUGACUAUCACAAGACCAAUCCGCUGCAAUGGUGGAUGGCUUUCAACGCGGAGGCGGAUGUACAUCACACACCCGCACAUCGGCGGCUUGACGCACUCUACCUCCAACUCAUCGGAGGGGCGCAGGCUUUCAUGACACACAUGGCCGUCACGUUGGAAUGCACAUCUACCAAGGCCAGCAAACGUCACGGGAAUGGCUGACGGAGUGGCAACGACUCGUCGCCACCCCGGAGUUGAACUUACCAUUCG